GUGCAGCGCAGGCCUUGGAUGAUGGUGGGCUGGCCGAGAUCUCACUGAGCCCUCUCACAAUGAUCAUGGAGAUGGAGCUGUGGUUACAUGCUGCAGCCCUUUCCAGCACUGAAGGUGGGAGCGCUCCGGGGCGGGAGGAAGCGCUUCGGCGCUCCCCUGCCUUGGGCCAGCCAGUAGGCAAAACGGCGGCCAAGGAAGCAAAGAAAAAGGAUCGCCCUGCUGGUGAGCCGGACCAGCAGCCAAAGGCACAGGAGAAGAGAGCAGGGUUUCCAGAAGGAGACCGAGGAGCUGGUGAAGAGGACAGCGGCCGUGAAGCCGAAACCCAAGAAGAGGUACAGGCUGAGGAUUACGCCAAGGGUGGAGGAGGCACGGACGGAGGCCUCAGGAGAAGCCGAGGGACCUGCACAGCAGACGAUGAUGGUGAAAUCAUCGCGGGGCUUCCCACACUCCACGAGUGGCCCGCUGAGGGUGAUCCAGGAGACGCGGUGCUUCUAUGUGCCGUGUACGACGACAGGACAGGAGAAGCCCUCAACGAGGACCAGGUCAAGGAAGGAAGAGCUAAGGAGAUGAAGCAGAUGGAGACCUUUGGUGUCAAGAGCGACAUCAGCUACCAGGAGGCGAAGGCAAAAGGACUUCGCCUGGUGAGGUCCCGAUGGGUGGACAUCGCCAAGGAGAUCACUGGAAAGCCCGGCGUGAGAAGCCGGCUUGUGGCGCAGGAGGUGAACACCUACAAGCGGGAGGACGUGUCGAUGGGCACUCCCCCCUUGAGGGUGCAUCGCACCGUGAUCUCGCACGCCGCGACCGCGAAGCCAGGACAAAGCGUAAGCAAGAAGCUUGUUGCCAGGUACGACGUGAGCGUUGCCUUCUUCCACGCGGAGGACAGUGAAAGGAUCGGUGUCGUUCCACCGGCCUCCGAAGGCACCCCAGACACGAUCUGGGAGCUGCACAAGGUGAAGACCGCCGACGGCUACAGCGAGCUGUUGCUUUGCCCGAACACCUACUACCUUGCAGGUGGUGAUGUGGCGCUGUCGUGCCACGGUGACGACGUCUUGGCGAGCGGAGAAGCAAGUGAGCUUGACAAGAUGGACGAGAUCAUGAAGCAGAACUACGAAGUGAAGGUUCUGUCGAGGAUUGGUGACCCCAAGCAUGGAGGGGAAACCGAUUCUGGUCGGCACUUGGGCAGAGUGAUCAAGUGGACGGGCUCUGGGUUCACGUGGGAAGCAGACCCAAAGUACUCGGAGCAGGUCGUGGAGGAGCUAAAGCUCAAAGGAUGCAGGAGUGUAGACACACCGUCCUCAAAGGCCACAGGAGCAGGAAACAGGUUUGUUGACCGGGAGCUUGAGAAGGAAAGAGCGGAUGUGUUCCGCCGAGUGGCAGGGUACAUCGCGACGUACCCUGUCGAGAAGUGGCACUUUGAGCUGCAGAAGACCCCCAGGGUCCUUGAGUCCUUUAGCGACUCCGACUGGGCGACCGACAAGAAGAGCCGAAAGUCCGUGUCGUCGACCUACCAGAGAUUCGGAAAGCAUCUGAUUGAUUGCUGCUGUGGGCGGCAAUCCUUGGUGGCCCUUUCCUCAGGCGAGGCCGGAUUCUAUGCUAUGAUCAAGACAGCAGCAGAAGGAAAGCUCACGCACGCCAUCCUCGAGCACUUUGGGUGGAGGACAAAGCACACAGUUCUGAGCGACAGCUCGGCUGCAAGAUCGAUGGCGCAGAGGGUAGGAUGUGGAAAAGUGAAGCAUCUUAGCCUCAAGGAGAUGUGGAUUCAGCAAACCGUUCGUGACGAAGAGCUGUCCACUGGAAAAGUGGACACAUCAAUGAAUCUUGCCGAUCUUGGCACGAAGGCUCUCGAGGCAAGCAGGUUAGAGUCCUUAGUGAAGCAGCUGCCCUUGGAAAGGGGCAUGGCGGCAGCUGUGUUAGCCUGCUGCGUGUCAGUGGCGCACGCUGUGCAAGAAGGGAGCCGGGAGUCACAGGAUGACUCGGGGGAUCUAGGGGUCCUCAUGGUGUAUUUUUUUGCCAUGGUCGGGUUGGUUUUCACGUUCCGCAAGUUAAGCUUGUUGUGUUUGAAGGGCUGGGCUUGGCUGUACGGAGGUGUUGGAACCAGGGGCCUGGGCCCCAGCACAGGGUUAGUCCGCGCAGCCAUGGAACCUGGCGAGUUUUCUUCGACGGCCCUCAGUCCGGUGGAGCUGGGCAGAGCGGCAGCUGUGGACACUGGUGGCGGGAACUCCAAGCCGAGACGCCGCACUGGAAACGAGGAGAGAGUUUCAAGAGAGCGUGCUUCGGGGCGCGGUGCAGAGAGUAGUCCUGCCUACGAGGCGGGAGUUGAGGAAAGCCUUGCGUCUGGACAGAGCUGCGCAGGAAGACUUCGUGUGGUGAGGGACACACUGUCCUUGCUGACGGUGGCAGAGCUGCAGACAAGAGCCAGGCUGGAAGGCGAGGAGCAGCCUACGACGAAGCAGCUCAGGUAUGUCCUGUACUUCCACGCGAGAAGAGCCCAAUGCAAGAUCAAGUACGAGAACCUCAGACGCAAGAGCAUCGCCAGCGACCCUCUAAGUGAGCUGGGCUGGCGAGGAUGGAGCUGUGGUUACAUGCUGCAGCCCCUUUCCAGCACUGAAGGCAUUCGCUACACGCUCAACCUCAGCUUAUUCGGCCUUUUUGGAGAUCGUUUCGCCGAAGAGUGCGAGAUUUUUGCACUGGUCCGGACGGAAACUGCAUCGGACGAUCUGCGAAGCAUGCGCAGCGACCUAAAGGACCUCCUGGAAGUGUGUCACUACAAAAGAUAA